UAUCUAUUGAGCGUUAAACUGAAUUUAAAUUUACAAACUUAAUCUUUGUGAUGGAGGCUUAUCGAAAGCGGGGACUUAAAAAGUGCGUGGUGCCUGGUUGUACAUACAUACAUUUCCAAAAUAUGAUGCCGCUCUAUUCAACAAAUGGAUCGAGCAUGUACGAAAUCCAAUUUUGGACAAUGAAAGUCACCAACAAAUUUAUAAAAGACUUUUGGUGUGUGACUUACAUUUUUCGGAAAGUGAUAAAGUGUCUGGAUCCAAGAGAGGUCUGAAAAGAGCAGCUUCUCCUCCAUUACAUCUUGCUGAACUUCGAUCUUCAAGUAUGAUUUCGGAAAGAGUAGUCCCGAAACUCAUGAAAAGAGUAGAGAAAUUGCUAAAUGUAAAUUUACAUGGUACAUCGGUAAUACAGAUUAUUUUUAGAUUACAAACAAGUUGCAUAACUGUUAUUUUCGUG